GUGCCCCUCCAGACAUCCCUGCGUUCACAUCCAGGCCCCUUGGGAGAUCCUGCCCUGUUGCUAAUUGUCGAGAGCUGUCCAGAAUCCUUAUCGUUAAGAUCCUGCUGUGCUCGUGAGGUGUUGUGUUACCCGGUAUGACGACAGCUUUCACCAGAAUGCUAAGCAGCAGCCGCCAUCAGAGAGAGUAAGGCCAGCGGUGGGAAGAGAACUGGAAAGUCACAGCCAAAGGUGCUGAAACCACGAGUGAAGAACCUGAGUUGACCCAAAAGCAGACCGGUUCCUGUCUCCAGGCGGGACCGAGCUACAGCCCGUCGCCAGCCAGAUGCCACGGGAAGCACAAAGCCUUCUGAGAGCUGUAGCUCGAGUGGAUGCUGACUGAGUGACCUAAAAUCUUGGUGCAGCAGCCGGUCCUUCUAGCAGACUUGGUGUGCUACCGGCGGCUCUGUGCAGAGACCAUCUAGCAUGCUCCUCAAACCGGGCCGCUCAGCUGGUGUCAACAGCAGCCGUUCGAUUCCAGGGACGCCAGGCUGACUUCACACCAACUGGGCAUUGGACGUGCAGAGCAGAAACCGUGUUGGAACCGACCUUCCUUUCUCCAGUGUGUUGGGAUCUUUACAGCAGCCCAUGCCGCAGCGCCUCGCCUAUUCCACCCGAACUGCCCAUGCCACUGGCUUGGACCUAACCUAGGAUAAAUCUCAGCGUGGCCUGGGUAGGGGGGAACCAUGGGGAGCUCUGCCUCAUCGCUGGCCGCAGAGACGGAGUCGGACCAUGGCUUCACUAGCGCACCCUACCCGGGGCACCCAGCCGUGAGCUGGUAUAGGAGUAGUCACAGUGGGCCUGUUUGGGAAAGUGCCCUUAUAACGCGGCAGCAUCAGCAUUUACACCACCGGGUGCGAAGCCACUCCCACUCUCCCGGCUCCAUGGCUGCCACCCACGAGUGGUCCUGCACCCGCUGCACCUUUCUGAACCCCGUCGGCCAGCGGCAGUGCUCCAUAUGCGAAGCCCCCCGCCAGAAGCCCGACCUCAACCACAUCCUACGGCUCAGUGUGGAGGAACAGAAAUGGGCUUGUGCCCGCUGCACCUUCAGGAACUUUCUGGGCAAGGAAACCUGCGAGGUAUGUGGGUUCACCCCAGAGCCAGGGCCCAGCGGCUCCCCCUUGCCUGUCAUCAACGGCAUCUUGCCCAAGCCCGCCGUGCUUGUGGAGCCCAAGGGCACGUCCAAGGAGGAGGCUGCCAAGGCAGAAAGCAGCAGCGAGGACUCGGAGGGGAAGAGCCCUGAUGAAGCGGAGCUGGAGAGUGGCUGGGCUUGCCAGCGCUGCACGCUGCACAACACGCCAGUGGCCAAUUCCUGCUCUGCCUGUGGUGGCCCACGCAAGCUCUCCCUGCCCAAGAUCCCACCAGAGGCGCUGGUCGUCCCUGAAGUCAUCACCCCUGCCGGAUUUCACAUGACCCCCUCUACCCCACAGCCUUUAGUCUCUGCAGAGAUCUCUGAUGGUGACGCUGUGGCCACCCAGGGCCCGGUGGCUAUGGAACAAGAGGCCCAGAAGAUACCAGCCUUCAGUCCCUUCUCCCCGGGCCUCCAGAACAACCCUGUGCCCCGAAGCCGCCGGGAGGUGCCCCCCCAGCUGCAGAUGCCGGGGCCUGAAGCCUCCCAGCCCGCGGCUCAGAGCGCAGCGGGGCAGAAGGGCUCUCCGCAGGGUCAGGCCAGGGCUGCCCCGGCUGCCCGUCUCCAGGACCUGCUGUCCAACAAGCGGCUGAGCGUGCUGGAGGAGGAGAUGGAGGUCAGUCCGUCCCACUGGAAGUGCAGCUCCUGCUCCCUGCUUAACUCUGCCGGGACUGGCAAAUGCGAGGCUUGCAGCGCCCAGAAAGGCAGUGACACCAUCAAUCUGGUGGGGGACUCGGUGAGAUUCACCCCGUGCAGCCCCUCCAGCCCUGACUUCACCACCUGGUCCUGUUCCAAGUGCACCCUCAAGAACCCCACCCUGGCCCAGAAGUGCAAAGUCUGCGGCUCCUCCAAGCUGCAUGGCUUCCAGGAGCACGGGACACAGGGCGAGCCGUCCCCCCGCUGCCCCGACUGCGGGGCUUGUGACAAGGGCGGCUGCUCCUCCUGCAGCAGCAGGGCCCCAUCCGCCCGCAAGGUCGCCCGCCUCUUCCCAUCCCAGCUGCCCAGCGGCCAGGAGAGGCCGGGCCAGUGGGCUUGUCCCGCUUGCACCUUGCUCAACGAGCUCAAGGCCAAGCACUGCGUGGCCUGCCAUACCCCGCAGCAGUACGUGGCCCAGCGCAAAGGCCUCAAGCCCCUGAAGAGACGGGAGAGCAUGCACGUGGAAAAGAGGCGGCAGACAGACGAGGGAGAGGCCAAAGCCCUGUGGGAAAACAUCGUGACCUUCUGCCGGGAGAACAAAGUCAAUUUUGUAGAUGACAGUUUCCACCCUGGGCCCAAGUCUGUGGGAUUCCCGGAAGGCGACAGCGUGCAGCAGAGGGUGAAACAGUGGCUGCGACCCCACGAAAUCAACUGUAGCAUCUUCAAAGACCGAUCGGUGAAGUGGUCGGUGUUUCGGACACCUAGGCCCUCGGACAUCCUGCAGGGACUGCUGGGAAACUGCUGGUUCCUGAGCGCCCUGGCCGUGCUGGCCGAGCGGCCGGAGCUGGUGGAGAGGGUGAUGAUCACGAGGACGCUGUGCCCCGAGGGUGCCUACCAGGUGCGGCUGUGCAAGGACGGCACGUGGACCACGGUGCUGGUGGAUGACAUGCUGCCGUGCGAUGAGUGCGGAUACCUCCUCUUCUCGCAGGCCCAGAGGAAGCAGUUGUGGGUCGCCCUCAUUGAGAAGGCGCUGGCCAAGCUUCAUGGUUCGUACUUUGCCCUCCAGGCGGGGCGUGCUAUUGAAGGCCUGGCUACACUAACGGGUGCCCCCUGCGAGAGCCUGAUGCUGCAGGUCAGCUCCACUAACCCUCGCGAGGAGCCCAUUGACACUGACCUCAUCUGGGCCAAAAUGCUGAGUUCUAAGGAGGCUGGGUUCCUCAUGGGUGCAUCCUGUGGUGGAGGCAACAUGAAAGUGGACGAUGUGGCCUACGAGAGUAUGGGUCUGCGUCCACGUCACGCCUACUCCAUCCUGGACGUGCGGGAUGUCCAAGGCUUCAGGUUACUGCGGCUCCGAAACCCCUGGGGCCGCUUCUCCUGGAACGGCAGCUGGUCCGACGAGUGGCCGCACUGGCCAGCUCCCUUGCGUCACGACCUGAUGCCCCAUGGCAGCAGCGAGGGCGUCUUCUGGAUGGAGUACAGCGAUUUCAUUAAGUAUUUUGACUCCGUGGAUAUCUGCAAGCUCCAUUCGGACUGGCACGAGGUGCGUGUGCAGGGCAUGUUCCCCAACAAGGCCAAUGGGCCGGUGACGGUGACGUCGCUGACGGUGUUGGAGCGUGCUGCCCUGGAGUUUGCCCUCUUCCAGGAGGGCAGCAGGCGGGCGGGCAGGGGGGGGCGGCACUUUUGGACCUUGUACACGGUGGACAGCCACUUGCUGGAUCUGUGCAUCAUGGUUUUCCGGGCCACCUUCACCAGCGGGAACAAGCUGAGCCUGGGCCGGCUGAUGGCUCACAGCAAACGAGCCGUCAAGAAGUUCGUCAACUGCGACGUCAUGCUGGAGCCGGGCGAGUACGCCGUCGUGUGCUGUGCCUUCAACCACUGGAGCGCCGCCCUGGCAGGCCCCUCUGCCGCCCAGGCAUCCAGCCCCACCAGCAGCCGACCGGCCACCGAUUAUUCCAGCUAUAUCCUGGCCAUCUACAGCUCUCGCCUGGUGAUGGUGGAGCAGGUGGAGGCGCAGCCCACCACGUUGGCAGACGCCAUCAUCCUGCUGACCGAGAACAAGGGCGAGCGCCACGAGGGCCGCGAGGGGAUGACCUGCUACUAUUUGACGCACGGCUGGGCAGGGCUCAUUGUGGUGGUGGAGAACCGGCACCCCAAGUCCUACCUGCACGUCCAGUGCGACUGCACCGACAGCUUCAACGUUGUCUCCACGCGCGGCAGCCUGAAAACGCAGGACAGCGUCCCUCCCCUGCACAGGCAGGUGUUGGUGAUCCUCUCCCAGCUGGAGGGUAACGCCGGCUUCUCCAUCACCCACCGCCUGGCUCACCGCAAAGCCACCCAGGCCUUCCUCAAUGACUGGAUGUCGACGAAGGGCACCCACAACCCGCUGCUCACGCCCGAGGUCGCCGGGCUCCACGGCCCCCGACCCCUAUGACGAAGCGCCUCCCCGCUCCGCUCCCCCGUUAUUUUCACCGAGCCUCUGGCCUGGGGGCGUCCCCCGAGCUGUCAGCGCUGAGCCGUGGGGCAGAGCCGGAGCAUCACACCCAGCACUUUGCCCUGCGCCGCGGGGCCGGGGCGAGC